AGGCAACACAACGCGGAAACCAUUUAUAGUGCGUUACUUUCACAUUGAGGAUGGUUGCUGCAGAUGGACAUGCAGUGCAAAUUAUAAAUGUUGAAGAAUACAUGAAAAAAACGUCAUUCAGUCUGGAUGAAGAGUCUUUAUCUUCAGUUUUGCUAAGACCAGAAGUGCGUGACAAAAAAGUUGUUGUGGUCUCAGUUGCUGGUGCGUUUCGUCAGGGAAAAUCCUUCCUACUGGAUUUUUUCCUGCGUUAUUUGUUAUCCAGUGACCGCACUAACUGGCUAGGCGACCCUGAAAAACCCUUAAAAGGUUUCCCGUGGCGAGGUGGUUCGGAAAGAGACACUGUGGGGAUCUUGUUAUGGAGCGAGCCAUUCUUUAUGACUUUACCCACUGGAGAGGAAGUAGUUGUUCUAUUAAUGGACACACAAGGUUCUUUUGAUAGCACUAGUACUGUGCGUCAGUGUGCUACAGUUUUUGCUUUGAGUACAAUGGUCAGCAGUAUUCAAGUUUACAACAUUCAUGGUAACAUUCAAGAAGAUCACUUGCAACAUUUGCAUCUAUUCACUGAAUAUGGUCGUCUUGCUCUAGAGUCUGAUAUUUCCGGAACACCUUUUCAGCAUUUGCUGUUCCUCGUUCGUGAUUGGAGUUUCCCGUAUGAGUAUGAUUUCGGGAAUGAUGGUGGUAAUCAACUGCUCGAUACUCGCCUCAAGAUUGUUCAACAGCAUCACACUGAGCACCAAACUGUUCGCCGUCAUAUUCGCUCUUGUUUUUCAAAGUUGGAUUGUUUCCUAAUGCCUCACCCUGGUCUUAAAGUCUCAACAAAUCCGAAUUUUGAUGGACGAGUAAAAGAUAUCGAUCCUGAUUUCGUUGAAAAUCUCAUAUCUUUGGUCCCUCACUUGUUAGCUCCAGCUAAUUUGGUUGUUAAAAAGAUAAAUGGUCAAGAAGUUACUUGUCGUGAACUUUUUACUUAUUUCAAAGCAUACAUAAAAAUUUACGAAAGUGACACUCUUCCAGAACCACGUUCUAUGUUGGAAGCAACUGCCGAGGCAAAUAACCUCAAUGCAAUAUUAACUUGUCAAGAGAUGUAUUCAGAGGCUAUGAACAAGAUAUGUGGACCUGAUCGGCCAUACAUCAAUCCAGCUGAUUUAGAUUCAGCUCAUGCAAAAAUAUAUAAGGCUGCUAUUGAGAAAUUCAAUACAAUUCCUAAGAUGGGUGGUGAAGCAUUCUCUGCAGAUUAUUUGGAACGCUUAAAAGAGACAUUAAAACAACUGGGAGAAGAUUAUCGUAUGUCAAAUUCUAAAAAAGAUAUAUUUCAAACAUUUCGUACUCCCGCUGUUUUGGCUGUUGUCCUACUAAUUUUCCAUAUUGUUACGGGAAUAUUAGAAUUUAUUGGUUUAUCUAUGGUUUCCGGUAUAUUGGCUCUGCCAUUUUAUAUUGCUCUAAUAUCAUUGUUCACUUGGUUAUUUUUAAGUUAUACUGGUCGAGCGCCAGAAUUAGCUAGUGCCAUCGAUCAAUCAGCUGAAUUAGUGAUAAAAAAGGUGUUCAAUCCGGCAAUAAAAAUAGUUGGUAAUCGUGGAAUGGCUCAACUAGUUGGUGGUAAUUUUGUUUCUGAUCAAACAACACGAAGCUGAACUACACGUAUCGAUUUGUGUGCGUGCGUGUGUGUGUGUCUGUUUGUUUUUGCCCAUAAAACAUUUUCUUUUUUUAACCAAACUAUACAUAUGAUUUAACUUACAACCUAUUGUCAUUGUCAUUGCCCCACUUUUUUUUCUCGCUCUAUAUAUUGUAUAUUCCAUGUUAUUAUCAUUAUUUUAUGGUUCAUUCUGUGAUUAUUUGGUUACAUGUAGUGUUGUUGUCUUUUCCUUUUCAAUUGACUAAGGGUCAUUUAUUAUUUGGAAGAAAAAAAAAUCGGUGAAUAACACAACUUUUUUCUAUUAGCUGUUGUUUUCUUUUCUCUCUCUACUGGUCCCAGUGUAUAAAUAUUGAAGCCGUAUAAUUAAUCAACUACAGGGGUAAUUGUGUAGUGUAUUGCGACCAAUAGUCGUUUAAACUAUUGGUCUAUUCUAUACUUGCAGUUGUAUGACCAAAAUGAACAAAGAAUCAAUACCUAAGCCAUAUUAUUCAUAUAUGCUACUCAUUGUAUAGAGUUAGAUCUGUACCCAUUUCCCUAACUUUAGUUAUUAUUUUUUUUUAUUGAAAAAAAUUAUAUUUUCCAAUUUGUUAUAAAGGUAAACUUUUUUUCCUUCUUUAUAUAGAAAUAUAAGUAUGGAAUGGGUUAUGUAAGCUUGAAAUAGUUAAAAAAAAUCUUUAUUUGUUUUAAAUGAUUAAGUAUGGUUUUUUUAUUUAAAAAAAUACGAAUUAUUACUGUAUUUUGCUGUAGCUUAUGCAUGUAUAUCUCUUCUGUUAUUAUUAUUAUUACUAUAAUAAAGCACUUUCAUAUAGUA